UGACGUUUAACGUCAUCGUCAAAAACCCAAAUUCCUUUCAUACUCAGGCUGAGUAAGACACAGAAGUAAUCAUGUAAUAUUUAUACUGGGAAUCUUUCUGUACGAUUCUAUAUUGCGUUGUAGUUGCGUACAAAUUCAAAGUGCGUUAGUUAUAGAAGUGCCUGUAUAAAUCUAAUAUGACAUAAUAUCCGUGAUACUUGCUUUUCGAUAACCGAAAAUGAUUCGCAAACUUUUUCCAAGAGUGAUCAAAUAUGGGUUAGUCAGUGGAGUAGCGGUCGGUAGUACCGCGUAUGCUCUAAAUUAUGAUUACAAUGGUAAUGUGAUCGUGAGGAUUUCAAGGACAGCAGUGACGGCAAUAGAAAUCGGGAAGACGUAUAAUGAUAUGUUGUACGGUAAAGAAUGGGACAGGAAUUCGCAGGAAUACAGUCAAGUUAAAAGUGCAGCGCACCGUAUUUGCGCGGAGAAAUUGUUGGAGCUGUGUAAAGCUAACAAAGGAGCGUAUAUAAAGGUUGGGCAGCAUGUUGGAGCACUGGAGUACCUAUUGCCCAAUGAGUAUGUCACCACUAUGCGUGUUUUGCAUAAAGAUGCGCCACAAAACACAGUAGAAGAACUGUAUGCAGUUAUUAAAGAAGACCUGAAUAAAGAUCCUGAAUCACUAUUUGACGAUUUUGAUGAACAACCACUGGGUACAGCCUCUCUAGCUCAAGUGCAUAAAGCCAAACUAAAAGACGGAACACCGGUCGCUGUCAAAGUUCAGCACCAUUUUGUUAAAAAGCACAUUGAAAUAGACAUCAUAUGGAUGGAAUUCGUUUUGAGGAUGAUGAUGAAAGUAUUUCCAGAUUUCGAACUGGCUUGGCUCAUAGAUGAAACAAAGAGGAACAUUGCUAAAGAAUUGGACUUUUUACAAGAAGGGAGAAAUGCUGAGAAAGUGGCCAAUAUGUUCAGGCAUUACAAAUGGCUGCAGAUUCCAAAGAUUUAUUGGGACUACAGCACUUCAAGAGUCUUGGUUAUGGAUUAUGUGGAAGGAGCCCAUGUUAAUGAUAUAAAAUAUAUUGAUAAACACAAUAUAGACCGCGCCGAUUUGUGCCGAAAGCUAGGUGACCUGUACUCCCACAUGAUCUUCAUCAGUGGUUUCGUGCACAGUGAUCCUCACCCUGGCAACAUCUUGCUGAGGAAAGAGCCUGGAGACAAGGAACUUACCAUGUAUCUGCUGGAUCACGGUUUGUAUGCUAAUCUCACAGACAAUUUCCGAUACCACUACUCGAAGCUGUGGCUGGCCAUCAUUUCGCGGGACCGCGAGGAAAUGCGGCUGCACUCCGAAGCCCUGGGCAUCCGCAGCCAACUGUACGGGUUGUUCGCCUGCAUCGUCACUGGUCGCCCGUGGGAGUCUAUCAUGAAAGGCAUUGAGAACACCAAGCCAUCUAGUAGUGAGAAAACAGUAUUCCAAAACGAGCUCCCAAACUUCGCUCACUACAUAACCCAGUGUCUAGAACACGUGGACAGGCAGGCUCUGCUGGUGCUAAAGACGAAUGAUUUGAUCCGGAGCAUUGAGUAUGCCGUCGGCAUGCAGGAGCGAAUGUGUGGCUUCAUGGUUAUGACGAAAUGCUGUUUAGAGAGCGUCUACGAGCAAGAAUACAAGACCGCCAAAUCAACACUAAGUAGGCAGUACGUUAACCUGAAAUUCACGUGGUCGAUGUUGACUCUGUACCUCUACUCCGUGUUUCUCAAUUUGAAAGAGAAAUUUUCGUCACCAAACGUUCGGGUCACAGUUCAUUCGACAGUCAAUCAGACCUUCACGCAGUAAACGGAUUUCCAAUUUGGUAAAUAGCAUAGGUUGUGUCAUUCACAAAGACGCGU